AUGUCAGACAACGCCCACCCCGGAGUCCGGAGCCUGCUGGCCAAGUUUGAGAACGGUGAGAGUCCCGUCGUUUCCCCAGAGUCGCGUGGGAGGUCUCCCGUCAGCUCCGCUACCCCGGGAUCAACAAGACCGCUCUCCAGGGUCCGUGCUAGCUUCGUUACCGUCGACGGAGUCAUUCAAUCGAACCCCGGUUCGCCGUUGAGGAAGACAAGUGGGCGCAGUGAUAGCCCUGGGAUUUUUGGCCCGCAGAUCAAUGCGGACGAGGUUGAGGCACGUCGGCAGAAUGUGAUCUCUCCGACUCCCGCUGGAAAUCUCGGCAAAUCCCAGACCAGUGUCCUAGACCAAGCUGUCCUUGAACCCAAGCCGAAGGAAUCUUCAGCAAUGACCACCGAACAAAAUGAGGGCAAUGCAGAGACCACAGGUCGUGCAGACACCACUGUCCCGCCAAAAGAGCCGACACCUGUGAAGAAAGAGGAGACUGCGCCAAGCGCAACAAAGCCCAUUGGCUCUGGAGCUCCUGCAGAGAAACCAGCUCACAAGACGGUCACCAAACGGCCCUCCAACAUACAUGCUACUAAGACCAAUGCGACAAGCAAGCCGGCAACUAUAUCCUCCAAAUCACCUACCAACAACGCGGCUGCUAAGCCUUCGGCCCGAGAGGUGGCCAAGGAGCGAUCUGAUGCUCUCGCUCGCAAGCCGAGUCGCGUCUCAAUGAAUCCCGCAGCGAGGACCGCUCACCGGACGACUCGUGGCGCAACUCCCUCUCAAGAAACUCAGAAGACCUCUCCCACGAACUCCCAGGGAGGCAAGCCUCGCACAAGAUCCCCUACCCGAUCUGUUCGACUACCCGCUUCAGCAACCGCACCGACUCAAGCAUCCUCGGCCAGAUUAGGGUCUCAAGUUCCAUCGGCCCCGACUGCGCGAACUAGCACCACUGCUUCGACCUUGGCACGGAAGCCUUCCACACUUAAGAGCGCCGUGGGCGCAGGUCAGACGCGGACGACCAACGGCGUCACCGCAAGCGUGCGUCGCCAGUCUUCUCGUCCCUCUCUUCCAGCACAGUCAACCCAAGACCGGCCAAGCUCUCGCGUCAGCGACGCUGGCGCCAAGCCCGCCGACGGGUUCUUAGCUCGCAUGAUGCGACCUACCGAGAGCUCUAGGAGUAGGCUACAUGACCGACCUGAGACCAAGGCUCCUGCUAAGAGCAACACCGUGACAGCUAAGGCGUCCGUGACGUCAAUGGGAAGAGCCCCGGAGCGCAGCGCGCCCCAGGCCAAGACCAAGGCUGCUCCUCUGCAACCCCAAAAGGAGAAGUCUCAGGCUUCCAACAAGGAUAUCAAGCCCCACAAGGAAGAUAUCAAGCCUCUCCAAGCUGAGGAGUCCGAGAAGGAGAACAUCGAGGAGUCUGUGCCGACAAUCCCAGAAGAGCCAGUCGCGGAGGAACCCAAGGAGACUGUUGUUGAGCAACUGAAGCCCGAGGUCCCUGCUGCACCGUUCAAGGAAGAAAUUGCCCCCAAACCAGUCGAGGCCGCAAAAACCGUAGCUGCUUUUGAGUCUACCCCUGAGUCUGUCGGCAAGUUGGCUGAGCCGGCUACUGAGGAGGCUGUCAGUGAGACUGCGGCUGAGACUGCCACUGAGGAAGCCCCCAGAGUUUCAUCAAAGCCCGCUGUUAAGGCCGCUUCGGUUGAAACUACUACCGAGCCCAAGGACAAAGCUCCUGAGGAGACCCUUGUGGUCGCUGAUGUAAAGAAGGUUGAGGACAUCCCGACUGAGAAUGUCUCGCAAUCCGACGGCGUGACCGACUCUGAGGUCCAGAUUGAGGAGCCCAAGGAAGAGACCAAGGUGGUCCUGGCCGAAAGUGCUGUCGAAAAGCUCCCUGCUGCGGAGCACGACAUGCUCAAGUCUGUUCCGGUCGUUCCAGAAGUCUCCCAGUCUUUAAAGGACACGGCAAAGGCGCCUGAGGAAGUUAUUCCCACGGUUGCGGAAGAGACUAUUCUUCCGGAGGCUAGGGCCGAUGAGGACGUUUUCGAGAUCUCUAAGGAUGCCACUGCCCCCGAGCCCUCUGUCCAGGCAAAGGAGCCAGCUACAAAGGAGACCAAGUCGGACACCGUUGACAUCGACUUUGCCAGCCUGAACCUGAGCUAA